GGCGUAGUUGAUUUCUGUAACGGGUCUCCGAAGCGACAAGCGCCGCGGGCCUCGUUGUUCAUGUAAUUAAAGACGACUCGGACGGCUAAUAUCGACACGAAAUGACGCCGAGAGGAGCGUUUUAUCUGCUCCUAACGAUCUUGACGUUAGAUGGAUCGCAAUGCAACACGAGAUACUUCGUAAAAAUGAGGACGAAUGCAUCCGAAAUGUUUAAAACAAAGACCGACAAUCUGCGGAUUCUUCAAGACCCGAUAGCGAUCACGCCGAAUUCCCUGUACGAUAAUUCCGGAAAUGAGCAUCAAAUCGAGGACGAGAGGAUGACCAAAGAAAUAUCGGGCAAUCAGUUCAAUCGGAGAAAUUCCUUCGAUGAGACAUCGACUUUCAAUCCAGAUGUACUCAACAAGUUUCUCGAGGAAUACGCGAAUAAGAUAAAGAGUACCACUGAAAAGAGCUUCAAGUAUCCUUUUAGAAUCAUAAAACCACCUGUGGAGCCGCUCGUCCUCGAAAUCGACAACGAAACCACCGAGACCACAAUCAUUCCUGAACAGAACGAAAAAUUUGAUCAAAUUGCAAAUGCUACUUCGGCAGAAAAUGAUGCGUUAAGCGAGGCGCUAAACGACACCUUGAAGAGGAACAAAUAUUACGGUACAAAUACUUACGAGGACAGGAACGGCUGGGUGACGUUAGAAGCAAUUCCGUGGUCUAAGAGCAAAAUUUCCAAGUGGCAGGCCAAUCCCAGCACGCAACGACCUUGGCCAGAGAUAAAGCCGUGGGAUAAACCGAGCAUGAAACCAUGGGCCAGCGACCAUACCAUCAGACCCACUUAUGAAAACAACAAACCGUGGUACGACAAACCGAAACCCAAUUGGUCUGAUAACAACGAGAACUCGUAUCAGAAACCGAUUUCCCGUCCUCCUUAUCACUCCGACGACACGGCACAAAAGUGGCCAUCGGAGAAACCAUACUGGAACAAGUACGAAACCCAUCGUCCAAACAGCGAUAUCAUCACGGACGAUAGACCGGCCAAUUUCCCCAACACUUGGUCCAGGCCUCAGACGGCUUCGUAUCAGUUUGUCGACAAAUACACGGAGAAGGAUCAAUCGGGAGACGGGAGCGAUUGGCACGAUUAUCCAUCUAAAUAUGAGCAAGAUCGACCUCGACCUACCCUAAUCACCGAGAGACCAAACUUCUCGCAUUACCAGUACACGAAUAAUCAUCCAUCGAAUCAUCCGGCGAGCGGCGACGGUCAAUGGAUCCUCCUGUCAACAAACCGCGGAUAUUCCAAGUCGAGGCAGAGAUCAAUCAAGAUCGAUACGGUAAACGUUCCGGAGACAUUCAAGGCAACCAACAUGACGAGUCGCGGGAACGGGAAUAGAUACAAUAGACCUGCGAUACCCGUGAUGACUUCAAAACGCCAGGUCAGAUUGACGGUAUUGCCAUCGAUCAACGGCACGAACACGACGACGUCCCACGGAGGCCUUCUGGAAGUCGAAAAGACGUUCAAGAGCGUCGAGCAGAGCCGCAAGGAGUACGAGAUGGGGAAAUUGACGACCGAACCGAGUAUCCCGAACAAAAGACCGAUCAGACACACUUUGAGCGGACAACCGUCGAGCUCGGCAGUUCUGGCAGCCGUCGGAGCAGGUAUGUUGCCGGCGACAAUGGCAAUGAUGAUACCGAUGAUGCUGGGCCGUCGAAAGAGAGAUUUGAGACUGAUGGAUCAUGGCUUGAGCAAGCCCUACGAUCUCCAAAUGGAUCUGCAUAAGCUCGCGGGGGAAUAUAACACCCAGCAAAGGAGACCAAUAAGACUCGUUUAACAUUCAAAAAAUACUCA